ACUUAUUUACGACGUUGGUCAAUGUCAAAGUUGUAAAUAUUUAUAGUUUUUAUGAUUUUUAUAUUUAAAUAAGUUUUCAAUAUAAAAAAUCAAAUAAAAACCUCUCUGAUAUGUCUCACACAUACGCUUUAGGAGAGAGAUACGUAGUUUCGAUGGAAGACAUUGACGAGGAUGCAGAACAGAUAGCUGCUGAAAACACAGACGAUUCUAAUCACGAAGAAAAAAUCAGUUUACCUCUUCGCGAACAAGACAGAUUUCUUCCCAUUGCCAAUGUAGCCAAAAUAAUGAAAAAGGCCAUCCCAGAUACCGGAAAAAUCAAUAACAAAAUCGCCAAAGAUGCCAGGGAAUGUGUCCAGGAAUGCGUUUCUGAGUUUAUUAGCUUCAUAACAAGUGAAGCUAGCGAUCGAUGUCACUUGGAGAAAAGAAAAACUAUUAACGGAGAAGAUAUUUUGUUUGCUAUGAGUACCUUGGGCUUUGAUAACUAUGUAGAGCCUUUAAAAAUCUAUUUGCAGAAGUAUAGAGAAGCAGUAAAAAUUGAUAAAAAUCUGACACAAGGUGACAUAUUAUACGAAGAAGGCUCAGAAGAAGCUUAUAAUGCCCCUGGUACUUCGGACAAUGCAGAAAGUACAGUGAUAUAUACUUUGCAAGAUAUCCAAGAUAGUAAUGCCACACAUCAAUAUCAGUUGGGCUGACAACAUAUAAUUUAUUGUAAUUUAAGGAUUUUUUAAGAAUAAACGAAAAAUAAAUAAUAGAGUA